AUGCCAUCCGCGUCCAUCAUCACGCCCUACUGCAGUCCUUAUACCGUCACCAACAGUUACAAAGGGGGUUUCUUCAUGCGAACAUAUAGCCGGAACGUCCGUCGCGCAUGGGAUGGCGUUGACUACCGACCUCCAAAGAGACAACGCCUCGACAAUGUUUGGAGCGCGCCUGCUGCCACCUCGAGCUCGACCAACAAUGAAAAUACCUUUCCCGUGGUGCUAGACCUCGAGGACAACCUUGAACGCGCCAUACGCGAAACCAGUGUUGCUGCAAUGUCAUCCUCACCAUCACGCAAGAACAGCACCAUUUUCUCGGCAGAAUCACAGGAGGAUGAAGUAGGCUCCAGUACCAUCACCCCGCCAUCAUCCCCUCCACCUACUCUACAACUUACGCCACAAAAUGUGAAGGCUCGCAAGCCCACCUUCUCAUUCCUCGAAAAAACCAAGAAGGAUCAAAAGAACGCCAAACGGAAACGCGAUGCCGCGUCGGCCAGCUUCGUCAAUGUUAUGGAAACGCGUCAGGACUCGGAACCUCUUUCCGAAAUAUACAACUCAAGUUCACGCGCGCAAAGCUCUCAGCCAGUUCUGCUGAACGCGACGGCUCCUCGUGAGCAAGUUCAAACACAAUCCCAUAUUCAUCCAGCACACCAGCCACCUAGGCUUCUAGUUCCGAAACAAAAUCUUUCACAGACAGUGCUAGAUUUUGGCCAAAGCCUCAAUCCAAUCACAUGUCCACAAUGUCAAAUGUCAUAUACUCCCUCUGUGGCCGAAGAUACACAGUUGCACAACAUGUAUCACAACAGGGAUAGCAGCGGUAUUGAGCUUGGAAAGGCAUUUCUGAAGUCGGCCAUGCGUUGGUGCUAUGAAGUUCCCAAUAUCCCCGGCAGUGUUGUGGUCGUGGAUCGGAAGAUUGCACUCCCGGGUAGACGCGCCGUUCAGAAAGCAUUGGAGAUUAUCAAUAAGGAAUUGGGGAGUGUCGAUAUCAAAGAGGAGGAGCUUUGGAGUCAACGGGUACCGGAAGGCGAAAAUGACUCGGAACCACUUUUGAACAAGAAGUGUGACAGGUACAAGGUCUUUCUGCAUAUUGUGGACGAUAAAUGUGUGGGCAUGUGUCUUGCAGAACGAAUUACGAAUGCACACCAUGUGAAGCCAAAAGAUACUGCUUCAGGCGAGAUUAUCCCAUUGAAUGGCCACUUCCGGAUCACCGGGCCUGCGACUCCCACAGCACUCGAUCCAAGCGAAGAGACCACCGCAAAUGUUCCUCCUAAACCACAGAUUCCGACUCCAAUCGCCAGUCCGACAUCUUCUUUCCAUUCCUCAAUCAGCAUCACAGAGGAGACAUACCCUGCAGUUGUGGGUGUGAGCCGAAUCUGGACCAGCCAGGCUUUUCGGCACAAAGGCAUUGCAAAUAACCUUCUUGAAUGUGUUAUGAAUCAAUUUAUUUAUGGGAUGAUGAUCGAUCGAACCGAAGUUGCAUUCAGUCAACCUACGGAGAGCGGAGCUGGUUUAGCAAGAUCGUGGUUUGGGGAGGACUAUGACUGGGCUGUUUACAGAGAGUUGUGA